AUGUGCUGCAAGCGUCGCGCCAACACACAAGCCUCAACCGUGGCCAAGUUGGCUCAGGACCAGCCGAUUACCACCUCUCGCGCUGCUCACGAUGAACCUCUGGGUCCUCCUCCAGCCUACGAGCACAUUGAGAAAGAAUCAAAAGACGUUGCUUCAAGCAAAGGCGUCGAUGCAUCAAACUUCCUCGACCAUCAAAGAUCAUCGGAAGUUCGAGCUCUCCCUGUAUACGGCUCCAACAAUGCCAAUCUCGACUUGACACCGGAUUACACCACAACGUACACUCCCAGAUCAACUUGUCAGAGUCGAUGCGCAGCAAAGCGUGAGCGAAAGCAACAGAAGCGUGAACAUCGCCAUGAGAAUCGCAUGGAGAAGCGCGAGUAUCGCCAGGAGAAACGUGAGCUUCGCGCCGAACAUCGCUUUGAGAGGAAGGAGAUGCGAAGAGCCCAUGGCGGUCCCAUCAGCAUGCUCAUCAAAGGUGUCUCAAACUUGAUGAAGCAGUGA